GCGCCCUCACACGCAGACCCACGACCGCCCCCGGGAUGCUGCGCCACGCCACCUCCACGGCUGCCGCCGUGGCGCUAAUGUUCUCCUGGGUCCUCGCAGUUUCCGACGGUACGGAGACGGGCAAGCUGGUGGAGCGGUUCGCGUGGCGGCAGCUCGACUUCGCCUACCCUGACGCGCAGUCGCGCCAGAACGCGCUGCGCACCGGCGACUUCAUCCCAGAGAACAACCUGCCCGUCGGCAUCGAGGUCUGGGGCGACAAACUCUUCGUCACGGUGCCGCGUUGGAGGCAGGGAAUUCCGGCGACGCUCAACUACAUCCCUCUGUCGACGGCGUCGCCCGACUCCCCGCAGCUGAUCCCGUAUCCCGACUGGGAGACCAACCGAGAGGGCAACUGCAACGGCCUCACCACCGUCUACCGAAUCAAGGCUGAUGCCUGUGACCGGCUGUGGGUGUUGGACGUGGGCACCGUGGGGUACGACAAUACCACGGAGAACGUGUGCCCAUACUCCAUCAACGUGUACGACCUGCACACCAACAGGCGCCUCAAGCGCUACCAGCUGCGCCCCGACGACACCAACAGCGACACCUUCAUCGCCAACAUCGCAGUCGACAUCGGCGCCAGCUGCGACGACACUUUCAUGUACGCUUCUGACGAGUUGGGCUACGGACUCGUCAUCUAUAGCUGGGAGCAGAACACGUCGUGGCGGGUGACACACCCUUUCUUCCUGCCGGACCCGCUGCGCGGUGACUUCAACAUCGCGGGCAUGAACUUCCAGUGGUGGUCGGAGGGCGUGUUCGGCAUGGCGCUGACGCCCCCGCAGGAGGACGGCUUCCGCGUGCUGCUCUUCCACCCGCUGGCCAGCCACAGGGAAUUCGCCGUCUCGACGCGCGUGCUGCGCGACCGAUCGCUCGUCGACAGCAACUUCCACUACUUCCAGAACCUCGGCGAGCGCGGACCCAACGGUCACGUGACGGCGCAGUACAUGGGCGAUGACGGAAUCCUCUUCUUCAACCUGAUCGACCAGAACGCCAUCGGCUGCUGGGACGGCCGCAAGCACUACAGGCCGCACAACAUGGCUGUCGUCGACAAGGAUGACGAAGCGCUCGUCUUCCCCAGCGACGUCAAGGUGGAUCGCGCUGGCAACCUGUGGGUGAUGUCGGACCGCAUGCCGGUGUUCCUGCUGGCAGAACUGGACUACUCCGACGUGAACUUCCGCAUAUUCUCUGGCACGGUGAGCACGGCGAUCGCUGGAACCCCGUGCGACCCCUCCGUCGGCGAUUUCUCCGGCCCCCCGCUGGACUCCAGGUUCCAGGAGGACGGCGCCGCCCGCUACGCGCAGGACCUGUACCAGCGCCAGCCUUUCGGCACGUUCGACCAGCCGCUGCCCUCAUACGGCAAAUGGACGCUGCCGCUCUCUAGCUCCAGGUCUCCGUACGUGGCCCCAUCGCCGCGCGUACAACACCCACGUUUUGGAGCGCCCACGGCGGUGGGUCAGUUCACCCUCUAGGAAUGAUCUGAGAGAGCGAUCGGCAGGCCUACGUGACAUAGGAGCUGACGCAUGUCUGGAACAGUAUUCUGUUGUACCAGCGUGUUGGACUGCUGAGUAAAUAACAACUGCGUCAUUGGCGUGUGUCAAGAUAUCAUCUCGUACUACAGUUGGAAAAUCCCAUCUUGCCUAUGACAUUCAGUGAGGAUCGCUUAUAAGCCUCAGUUACUACGUCAAACAGUGUAAGGUCAAAUUACGUAUGCGCCGAACUGGAGUUUCAUGCUCACCAAAGAUCGAAAAACUUGUCCUCUUCCGUCAUCUUUCAAUCAUAUCUCUUUACAGUAAUAAAAACUUUCAUCUUUUUUUUUUAAUUACUAGCUUUCGUUUUGAUUUCGUUCAAAGAAAGUUUCCUGUGAAACAAAAUGUUUUCCUUUGUGUAACUGAAGUACACUCUCACUUUUAUCUGUUACUUCGCGAAUAGGUAACAAACGUCCGCUUACGAAUGUUAAUUCCAUGCAGACGAUCAGUCUGUUUUUCCUUCUUACCACUAAAGUAUAUAUAUGCUAGGACCACUACGCAAAGUUUCAAGUACACAGAAUGUUACUUCCAUGUCAUAUUAAGUAUUAUACUUCAGGUUCCUAAAGUACUUCACGGUUAACGGGUAUUAUUUCUACAGUUAGUAUUGGUUAGUAUUGCGAAACUUGCUCAACUGUAAAAAAUCUCCACUUCACCUUCAUCGUACAACGCUUGUUAAAAACUUUCGAAAUGUGAUAGAAUUUUGAAGAGCAUUGUAGACAUUAUGCCACAUUAGCACGGUACUCUUCUGUCAAACAGAGAGCAGUUUACAAAAUAAUACAAUGCGCACAUUUCUGA